AUGUCGGAUGAUUUCAACCUAUAUUUCACAAACGAACAACGCAACAUAACUACUCUGGAACCACCAACAACUAACCAAAACAACAUCAUCAAUACAAAUUUUCCAAAUUCUGAAUCGAAUAAAGUGGUUGCAGCAAUUCAUCCAAUGUUAACCCGGUUAACUAACGAAGUCCAAAGCAUGCGCAAGGAAUUGCAGGUAUUAAAGAAAGAAAAAGCUGAAAUAAAACGCACCGUAAUGCCUGAUGAACCAUUUAAAGAAAUUGAGCUCUUCUUUGAUUUUGAAAAACAGCUUCAAGAAAAUAGCGAAAACUUUGCAUUUUUUGAAAAGGAGUUAACACUGGUUGCCAAAACUCCAAAUUUUACAAAAAAUUGCAAGAGAAAACUAAUAACUGACGUAUUAGGAGAACAGUUAUGCUGGAAAGGCACUGAAUCAAAGAAAAGUGUACGAAAUCUUAGCACAACAAAGGCAAUACGAAGUGCAGCAUUGUCCAUUGGAAUAUCAGAGGAUCAGUUUAUAAAGGACACUCGUACAUAUUUCCAAUUCGCAAAAAAUCGAAUUAAGCUCAGAAACAAUUAUAAAACU